AGAUAGUUACACCCAAUCAUUUUUACUUUUACGAAGAAGUUAAGUUGACGAACUGAAAGCCUACUUGGGUUAACAGUUUUAACACUGCAGGUUUCCGACUGAUUUCGACAAGGCAGCUCAUUCCUUCUGCUCUUCAGGUUAUCUUGAAACCCGAUAACUAAAACCAUCAACAUGGCAGAUGAGGAAGCAAGAAAGAAGCAGGAGGAAAGAGAGAGGAAGAAGGCCGAGGUACGAAAAAGGCUAGAGGAGGCUGCCAAAUCCAAGAAAGCCAAGAAGGGUUUUAUGACCCCUGAGCGUAAGAAGAAAUUGAGGAAAUUGCUCAGGGCUAAAGCAGCUGAAGAAUUGAAGAAAGAACAAGAAAGAAAAGCAGAAGAAAGAAGGAAAGUUAUCAACGAAAGAUGCGGACCUCCCAAAAACUUGGAAGGCGUUAAUGAAGCUGAGCUACAAGCUAUCUGCAAAGAAUAUCAUGACCGCAUUUAUAAAUUAGAAAGUGAAAAAUAUGAUUCAGAAUACGAAGUUAAGAAAAAGGAGUAUCAGAUCAGCGAAUUGACUAUCGCAGUGAACGAUCUUCGUGGAAAAUUCGUGAAACCGCCUCUGAAAAAAGUUUCCAAAUUCGAUACCAACAAGCUUAUGGCCUUCACUAAGAAAUUAGCAGUUGACUUCAGAGCUAACCUGAAACAAUCCACUGCUAAGAAAUUCACAGUGGAUGACGAUGCUAAAGAGGCUAAGCCAGAAUGGGCAUUGGGUGGCAAAGAAGGCAAGAAAGAAUAAGCAACAGGAUUUAGAAUCAAGAACCUUUUAAUAAAAAUAUUUCCAGAUCAUGUAUGUCACAUGAUAUACGUUAUAUCGUUUGUUUCUUCUUUUUUUUGUUUCUAGUCAUUGUAUAAAAGUUAAAAAAAGAAUAUCGGCGUCAAAACGAAAUUUUUUAACAUUGUCUUGGGAAUAUUGUCACGUUUGAUCUCUAUUGAUGGUCACCCAAGAAAUAUAAUCAGCUAUGUAAACGAUCUGGAUUCGAAUCACGUCUUGUGUACAACUUUUAUUUGUUUCGGAAAAUAAAUUAUGCCUUUGAACAUA